AUGGAUAUUAAUGGGGACACGUCUAAUGAAAAAAAGUCUUUAAAUAAGGUACGGUCCCUUAAUACUCCACAUCUAUUGAGGCUCAACAGUGAGCCAGCCAAACGGAAGUCUUCAAAUGUGAAUGAAGCUGUAAGGUCUUUAGACUUAGCCUUAGGUAGACUGAAGAAGAGCAAGCUGGUUAAUUGGGAUUGUAGAUCGAAUACGGGGACACAAGAAACCUCGGAAAUGUUCAUGGACAUGUGUAACAACAGUCAACACUUAACUCAAGGAAUAGAUAACGCUUCAUUGAUGUCGAUGAAUUUUUCUCAUUACGAGCUCAUGCGUAAUUUGUCCCGCCCGAACUGUAAUUCGGAGGGUGCAUUCAGCGGCAACACGGGAAGCGUCACCAAUGCAGAUAUUCACUUAAAAGACGAACACUUGGAGAGGUAUUUCCGUAGCAUCGAGAUGUGGUCCAGAAACUACAGGGAUGGUGGACCAAGCAACAUACAUUUUGAGAUGCCCGAUAAGGCCAUCGUACGGUGCGAUCUUGAAUACAACAACUAA